CUCAGGAUGCGGAAGGUGCAUCGCAAUGGCCCGCUGCUCCUCUUUGCAGUGCUGCUCGGCCUCUUCGCCUACCGCCGCUCCCAGGCUUCGGGCUCCGACUCUCGGGGCGACUGGGCCCUGAGCCUUUCAGAGAGCCAGGAAAAUGAGGCCCCGCUCCCCAGGGCCAUCUUGGUCCAUCCGGACAGGGGGACGCCCUCCUUGGCCAAAGGCGUGGUGUCCACCACAUGGUCAGAGGCCGCUGAGCAAAUCCGGCGUCGCGUUGCUUGGGACCUGGAUGCCAAGGCUGAGCUGCAGGUGAUGACGCUGACCCGCUUUUGCCAGAGUCUUCAGAGAGCACCCAGCAACGUCUCGCUGGUCCUUGGCCUGGAUCUGUCAGAGAAGCUGCCCUCGCCUUGUACCGACCAGGCCAAGAACAAUAUGCUCCACUCGAUUCCCACCCGGCUCUUUGUAAACAGCUCUGCUCCCGGAUUUAUGGAGAGCAACAGCUGGUAUCCUUCAACUAAGCCCAAGGGAAGGAAGGCGUGGAAGCUACUGAAACGCGUUUUGCGACUGCUCCAUCGUCAAGCAGAGGACGAGCUGAUUCAAGCUCUUCUCCUUCUCAUGAACCAGCAUGUCAUACCUUUGAAAGCGGUGGAGAUGCAAAUGCCCAAUCCGAAUCCGGUAUCUCUUGCUCGGACUGGCAUCUUCUGUGGCUUAGACACAGCUGCGUGCAUGCUGCAACCUCAGUGCUUUCAGGGUUUGUUCUGCAUUGCUCUAUGCCAUCUCGAUGACCAGACCUGCGCCUACCGUUGCCUGCUGAAGUAUGAUGUUCCCAUGAUUGCUAAAUUCUCGGAGUGUGCGCUCGAGAAGCAGAAUGUGAUGAACUUCCAUGCGCUCCCUCCGACUCUGCCGGAAGUCAAGCCUCUGGACAACUACCGCUUCGCCCAGCUAACAGUGCCAAUGGCGAACGAGAUCUUGGUUGGGCACAGGAAAAACAAGGAGAAAAGGUACAGUUGGAUCGUUGCUGCAUCCUCCAGUGCGGCAUAUGCACAGUUCCGGCUGCAAUACCAGAUCUGGCGCUAUGUCAAGAAGCGCUUCUUAUAUCACGCUGUGUUUCUGGCGGAAGGGCGGGAUGGGAAGGAUGCCUGGAAAACACGGACAUACUUGGUCAAGCCCUUGGAAGAAGCCGGACACUGGCUUUUCCGUGCUUCCGACAGCGGCAUCAAGGUGCAAGAACACUGGUACCUGCUUGGCGCUGACAGGGACUUGCAAUGGAUGGUGCUCUAUUUUGCCGGGGUGGCGUCUCAUGCAGGGCAGGCAUACCGAGGAA